AAGUGAACACUCCUUGAACGCCAAAAACAAGCCAUCGCCAACUCUCGCGCGUGACCACCUAAACCCGCACAAUACCGCACAAUAACCCAAAAUGAACCGCCGUCCGCCCUCAACUGCACGCCCCCUCUCCACCUCAGCCCGCGUGCACCCGUCCUUCCUCCCCUACCUGCACAACGCCUCACGAAGCAAAGCCCGAGGCCUGAAAUGGAUCCCACCCCUGGCAGCCGCCGUCACAGCAGGCUACGCGGCAACGACAUACCUCGCCGGCGGAGAGGCUGAGCAACAGCAGCUACAACAACAACAGCGACAGGUCGAGGCCGAGCAGCAGCGGCGGCGGGAGGCGGCCAUGGCGGACGCGUACGGCGACCGUGACAGCCUGGAGGCGCUGGAGCGCGCGGUGCGCGUGUAUGAGGCUCAGCGCAGCAGCGGGGGAGGACGGUGAGCUCUUCUUUCUGAAGGAAGACUCCUGGUGAGGAACAGGGGGUGUGGUUGGUUUGCUGGUUUGGGUUGGUGGUGCCGUCCUUGUUCAUUUACUGCCUUUUGCAUGGCAUUGCAUUGAUAUCACGGCGUUUUCCCUUUCAUUUUUUUGUCAUUUCUUUUUUCUUUUUUCUUCUUUUCCUCCUUUUUUUCCCCCUGGGCGCUUGGGAGGGGUGCAUUUUUUCGGCAUCAGCGGGUAACGUUAGCAGAACGGGUGUUUUCGGAUCUGCCUUGGAUGGCAUCAUUGGCAUGUGAUAGUGUGGGUUGGAACGACGGGUUCAGCAGAGAGAGUCGGGAUGGGAUCACUUGGUUUGAAAACGAUGGGACUCUACUCAACCGGCCAAAAUAGAUCUCCUUUUCAUUUUAGUCUCAAUUACACAAACAAUCCCGAUCAACAUUGACUAAGAGACCGG